AUGAUGACCAUGACUACGAUGGCUGACGGUCUGGAGGCUCAGGACUCGUCCAAGUCUGCUUUCAUGGAGUUUGGGCAGCAGUCGCACUCACAGCAGAGCUCCCCGUCGAUGGCCAGCGGCCACUACCCGCUGCACUGUCUCCACUCCGGCUCACACGCUCACCACCAGCACGACAACACCCCGUAUACCGGGACCAACACCUACAACAGGUCGUUACCCUACCCCUACGUGAGCCAUCCGCACCACAGCCCGUACCUGCCAUCCUAUCACAACAACACGGGAGGACAGACAAGGUUAGACGGCACAGAGCAGCAGAAAACGACAGUGAUCGAAAAUGGGGAAAUUCGUUUUAAUGGGAAAGGCAAGAAGAUUCGCAAACCCCGGACAAUUUAUUCCAGUUUGCAGCUUCAAGCGCUGAACCACCGUUUCCAGCAAACACAGUACCUCGCUUUACCGGAGCGCGCCGAGCUGGCUGCCUCUCUAGGACUGACACAAACCCAGGUAAAGAUUUGGUUCCAGAACAAGAGGUCAAAGUUCAAGAAGCUACUGAAGCAAGGCGGCAACCCGCACGAGAGCGACCCUAUACCAGGCUCCAUGUCUCUCUCCCCGCGCUCCCCGACCAUCCCUCCAAUAUGGGACGUCUCAGCCUCUUCCAAAGGAGUAAACAUGCCGGCUAACAGCUACAUGCCCGGCUACUCUCACUGGUAUUCCUCCCCACAUCAAGAUUCAAUGCAGAGAUAGACUGAUGAGGCAAGAAGGUCAGCGAGCUGUGCAGAGGCCUCCGGAUCUCCGCCGUGCAGUUUCCAACGUAGCCUACAAUUUGUGUCAGCAGAAGAGACUGGGUGCUCAGCGCCUCUGCUGAAGGAUA